ACUAAACAUGGUCUCCCGAGUGUAUGUUGAAGAAUUGGCCAAUCCAAACCAGCGUUGAGCUCCUGCAAAGGUCCUGAUUCGCAAUAUGCAUUGGUGACGACUAUCGUCGACUACACAUUAACCACGAGGCAUGUAUCGUGAGGUUGGCGGUUUUCCGGCUGGUGAAGCACUAGCCCCGCUCUUCACUCUUCACUUCACUGCAUGCUGCCUAGAAUCUUCCUUCAUCCAGCUUGCCUCCACUCUCUAUCCUUCACCCACGUCCAACCGCACAGUCCUUCGCUAUGCGACCGAAGGACGCGAACUCUAACAUGAUAGUGCCUCAGAUCAGGGACAUGAGCUUAGACGUUGUGACGAUCCGGCUUGAAGACACAGAAGUCGUCGUCUACAAAGCAUGGUUGACAGGCGUGUCGCCAUACUUCAAGAAGGCUUUCGACGGAUCGUCCAAGGAGGCUGAAGAGCAAGCUAUCACUCUUGUCGAUGUCAGCGAGAGGAUCUUCCGCAUGUUCCUCGGCUGGACGCAUGCGCACAGCCUGCAGUUCCCAACAACUUCAGCGGCACUUCACCAUGAAGUACUUCUGACUCCCGGCGAGAUCGAGUCGCUUGGCAUUAUGCCUCGCGAAAACAAAGAGACAGCCACUGUUGGUAAUUGGUUUGCGGUUUUCGACGAAGAAGACUUUCACCCAAGGUCUCAAGACGAAGGCGCAUACCACGACAGCACAGCGUGGUUGCACAAUUGCACCUUGUUCAGCCUCACAAUAGCUCAGCUCUACGUGUUCGCCGACAAGUACUCAGUGCCCCAGCUCCGUGACGAUAUCCUGACUGCCUUCGUCGGCCAGUGCUGGAGAUGGAACUGGUGGUCGAACCAGCAGACAGACUCCAAGAUCUUCAUCCACAACAACAUCCCGGCAUCUUCAAAGUUUGUCAAGUUCCUCGCCUACUCGAUUGCAUGGACAGGACCUCAAUCAGUGGAGAAGGGCAUUGCUCACAAAUUGCGGGCUCUGCAACAGCUCAGCCCGGAUCUCGCAAUCGAGGUUGGCAUAGCGCUCGCCGAGAAGGUGGAUCUGGGAGCUCUGAAUGAGGAGUCUACGAUUUCGGUCUGUACUGCUGACAACAUCCCCAACGCCUGUCCCUUUCACGAUCAUGAGGUGCUGGAUCAGGAGCAGUGUCGCGAGCGCAUUGCGAAAAGGCCACACGUCUUCACGGCCAUCCUACAAGCGUGCGCUCACGAUGUCAUGAGGGAGACGGGCAGUGACCGAGGAUAGAUCACCUGUCGAGGCACUCGAUGCUGGAGAAGUGGGCUGCAGGCCGUCGAUAUCAGGCUCUCAAUUCUCCAUGGAGCUGGAUGUCAAAUAAGCUGUACAGUAGGAAGUGACCAAUGAACUGAAAUUACACAACCCUAGUCGAGGAGUACAACAACCUAACGGUAGCUGCAUAUCCCCAUCUAACGCUCAAGAUCACCUGCAUAUGACACCAGGUAUGCAUUCCGCCGAGCCUCGAAACUCUACGACCAGAAGCCGCACUUGCCUGCAAUGGCGCUAGGUACGCGAUGAUCCCCGCAUGCUCAUGCAGGAGCCGCCGGCUGUGUGGACCCUCACCGGAUGCAGUCUCUGAACAUCCCCAGGGUCCGAUUGACCGCGUCUUCCGUUCGCAGCGAGGAUAGUUCCGGAGUCGCGAAGAGUCGAAACAAUGAAUUGAAUGACCACUGAGUGCCAAGACCGACAGUGUCGCUGUGAAACGUUCGCG